AGUCCGCGGCCAUAGCAUUUUCUGGGCGCAGCCGCAAAUGCAGCAAAAUUGGCUUCGAAAAUUAACCGCAGAGCAACUGAAAUAUCAAAUGAAAGAGCGAAUGCAGAAUAUAAUGGUUCGAUAUCGUGAUAGAGUUAUCCAUUGGGAUGUUAACCACGAAAUGUUGCAUGGCCGUUUUUACCGUGAACAAUUACAGAAUAACUCUGUUCCUGUUUGGAUGUUCAAACAAGCACGGGUGUACGACAAGAAAGCGAAGCUGUUUCUAAAUGAUUACGACGUCAUAACGCAAGGAGGGAGAUGUGAGGAAUAUAAAGAUUUUCUUAUAUCACUAAAAAACCAGGGCUGUGAUAUUGGAGGCUUGGGUGCCGAGGGCCAUUUUUCAGAAUACAAUCCACCCGAACCAGUUUUAUUGAAGGCACGUCUGGAUGAAUUAUGGCAGCUGAAAAUUCCCAUUUGGCUAACGGAAGUCGAUAUCAUUGACAAAAUACCCGCAUCCAGAGCAGAGAAACUGGAAUACGUUCUGAGAACUGGUUUCAGCCAUCCGGGAGUCGAAGGAAUAAUUCUAUGGGGAUUUUGGGCGGGAAACCAUUGGGCAGGAGAAAGAGCUUCGCUUUGGGACAAGAAUUGGCGUAUAAACGAUGCAGGGAUUCGGUUGCUUUCUUUAAAAGAAGAGUGGAAAACAAAACGCGUGUGGGACGGAGUUAAUUCUCAUCAGCGUUAUCAUUUCCGUGGAUAUCAUGGUAGCUAUGUCGUUCGCAUUCAGUCUGGCAAUGAAACAAAGGAAGCUAAGUUUGAUAUAGUACCCGGAGAUGGGCGGCAAACUGUGAAGAUAGAUUUCUCAGCCCCACCUGCCACAUCUCCAGAUAUCGCAACUCUGGAAGGUUCACAAAUGAAGACUCCAGACCUAUUGAGAGAAACUAAAAAUGCAUCCGAAAGAACUAAUAAAGACAAUUCUUAUAUUGGCUGUUAUAAAGACGGCCCUCGAAGGGCAAUGGAUGGCUUUUUCUAUACUGAUCAUAACUCAAUGACAAUAGAAAAAUGUCUAAGUGAAUGCAGAAAACGAAAUUUCUUCUUUGCCGGCCUGGAAUGGCGCUAUGAAUGUUUCUGUGGCAAUUCAUAUACAAUGUAUGGCCCUAAAAAUGAGAGUUGGUGCAAUAGACCUUGUACUGGAAAUACAUUGCAGAUCUGUGGUGGCGGAUAUAGUUUAUCUGUUUAUGUAGUGAAAUCGAAUAAAUCAAAUGAAUCCAACAGCACCACAAGUUCAGAUACCCUCCAAAAAACAACCAAAUCGACUGCUUUACCGAAGAUUUUCACAACACCCAGUGAUGUGUUAGAAGACAAUUAUUCGAACAACACAGACAAUUAUACUAAUGAAGCAAGAACUAGAGCUACACUAUUGGAAGACGAUCCAAAUAUCUUGGCGACUUUCAAAACUGGGAAUAGCACAAAAGUGGCAUAUAUUGGGUGUUUUCCUGACAACGACCCUCCACGUGCAUUAGAUGGCCGCCAAAGAUAUGUGACUACGAAAAUGACAUUGUUUCUCUGCUUCAGCCAUUGUUCUAGUUUCAAAUAUGCCGGCCUUCAGAAUUCAAUGGAGUGCUACUGUGGUAAUACAUAUGACAGAUAUGGAAGUCUUCAUGCUGAUCAGUGGAAAUGCAAUUCACCAUGCGCAGGGAAUGCGAGUGAAAUUUGUGGUGGAAUCAUGCACAACUCUGUUUACCGGAGAGAAAAUUACGACAGAGAAAGCUUAACACUAGAAGGAACUUAUCUUGGCUGCUGGCAAGAUUCUUUACCAAAGAGGACUCUCCAGGGAAGUGUCUUGACAUCUGACAGUAUGACUAUCGCACAGUGUUUGACAUUUUGUGUAAAUAAUGAUUACGUUUAUGGUGGUUUACAAUUCGGCAUGCAGUGUUUUUGUGGAAACCAUUACCGCUCUCGUCAGCUUCCUGAGAUAAACUGUAAUGAGCGGUGUACAGGAGAUAGUGCUGCUUUCUGUGGAGGAAGUAUGGCAAACACUGUUUUUCAUGUUCAAGAAUACAGAAACAAAACUUCAUUGAAAACAGUUAGUGGAAAGGAGAAGCUUCAAACAACUUCGGUCCCACCAAAGGAGGCUCAACCAACAUACACAACCUUACCAAUUCAAAAUGACGUUAAUGGAUCAUCUGUCCUCAAGAAAGGAACUUACAUUGGUUGCUAUAGAGAUCGAGACCCCUAUAGAGCGAUGAAUCGAACCCAACGUUAUGUUGCUGCCAGAAUGACAGUUGAGUUGUGUAUUAAACAUUGCUCUAAGUUUCGUUAUGCAGGACUGCAAUAUGGCACAGAAUGUUUUUGCUCAAAUAAUUACGACAGAUACGGAAAGUCUGGUUAUUGCUGGGCAAAGUGUUCUGGAAAUACAUCGCAAAUUUGUGGCGGAAAUCUAGUAAACAGUGUUUACAGCACCGGAGAAAUUGGAAGUUUUGGAGUUUAUGAAGGUUCUUAUCUCGGUUGCUGGUUGGAUGACAACCCAUUCGGAAACAUGGAAGGUUCUAGUAUCCGCAUUAGAAACAUGACUGUUGACGUGUGUUUGGCAUUUUGCAGGAUAGAAGGAUAUGAUUUUGCUGGUUUACAAAAAGGAUUGGAAUGUUAUUGCAGAAAUAAGUACAAAACCAUUCUUCAAGCUGAAAGUUUCUGUUACCUUCCUUGUUCGGGAAACUCCCUUGCAGCAUGUGGAGGGCAUUCGAGAAAUUCGGUAUUUUCAGUUACAGGAAAAUAUUAAAUUUCGUCUUUAAAUUCUAUAAAUAUUACAACCAAAACGUGAAAUAUAAUAUUAAACCUUACCGAUAUAUCUUUAUCAGUAUAUUUGGGUUAUUAUUGUUAAUGAAUAUUAUUUCAACAUUAUGAACAUUAUUAUAAUGUAUGAUAAUCCACAGCUCAUAUAAUAUUAAAUUCUUUGCUGAAUAGCUCGGAGUUCGAAUUCGAAGGAGUUUGUUCAUUCCUCCCGGUUCGAUAAAAUUAUAACACAAUAAAAUACAGAUCCAAAUCAAUUGAAUAUUUCACUUUUACAUAAUUUACCUCGUGCCUAUCAAAAUAUGUUAUAUUACUCUAUAAAUAUAUUUUCUCAAGGAACAUUUCAGCAUUGUCUAAUAAAGUGACAAUUGUUUCUUGUCAGACCAGUUUUCAUUUCUUUAUUAAUCUAUUUAUUUAUCAUUUCUGGAGCGUAUG